CUCAUCCCCCGCGGAUCCAUCCACUGGCGUUGCUCCGCAGCGCGACGCUCUCUCGUCCCGAGGGAGGGCAAAGGAGGGAGGUGGGGGAGCAGAGUGGGGAGCGGCAGGAGGGGGGCGGUGCGCGGCCACCUCCCCCCAGGACUCGCGAAUCCGCAGCCUCCUCCGCAGCAUCUUCCCAGGCCCGGCCCCCUCCUCCCCCCGCGCCGAUGGUACGCGCCGGCCCGCCUGGCCCGGCUGCAGUGGAUGUUGCUAGAACCCACGCGGAGGAAGGAAGAGACGCAAGCAGGCUGCGGCUACCCAAGCGGCCGCCCCGGCCUCAGGGACCCCUUCCCCGAGAGACGGCACCAUGACCCAGGGAAAGGUCUCCGUGGCUAACAAGGCCCCCGGGACUGAGGGGCAGCAGCAGGCCCAUGGCGAGAAGAAGGAGGCUCCAGCAGUGCCCUCAGCCCCACCCUCCUAUGAGGAGGCCACCUCUGGAGAGGGGAUGAAGGCAGGGGCCUUCCCCCCAGCCCCCACGGCGGUGCCUCUCCACCCAAGCUGGGCCUAUGUGGACCCCAGCAGCAGCUCCAGCUACGACAACGGUUUCCCCACCGGAGACCAUGAGCCUUUCACCACCUUCAGCUGGGACGACCAGAAAGUUCGUCGAGUCUUCAUCAGAAAAGUCUACACCAUCCUGCUGAUCCAGCUGCUGGUGACCUUGGCUGUCGUGGCUCUCUUUACCUUCUGUGACCCCGUCAAGGACUAUGUCCAGGCCAACCCAGGCUGGUACUGGGCAUCCUAUGCCGUGUUCUUUGCAACCUACCUGACCCUGGCUUGCUGUUCUGGACCCAGGAGACAUUUCCCCUGGAACCUGAUUCUCUUGACCGUCUUUACCCUGUCCAUGGCCUACCUCACUGGGAUGCUGUCCAGCUACUACAACACCACCUCUGUGCUGCUGUGCCUGGGCAUCACGGCCCUCGUCUGCCUCUCAGUCACCGUCUUCAGCUUCCAGACCAAGUUCGACUUCACCUCCUGCCAGGGUGUACUCUUUGUGCUGCUCAUGACUCUUUUCUUCAGCGGACUCAUCUUGGCCAUCCUCCUACCCUUCCAAUAUGUGCCCUGGCUCCAUGCAGUCUACGCGUCGCUGGGAGCGGGUGUGUUUACAUUGUUCCUGGCACUGGACACCCAGUUGCUGAUGGGUAACCGACGCCACUCGCUGAGCCCCGAGGAGUAUAUUUUUGGAGCCCUCAACAUUUACCUAGACAUCAUCUAUAUCUUCACCUUCUUCCUGCAGCUUUUUGGCACUAACCGGGAAUGAGGAGCCCUCCCCAUCCCACCAUCCUCCAGAGAAUGUGCCCCCUCCUGGUUCCCUGUCCCUCCCCUGUGCUCCUGCAAGACCAGAUAUAAAACUAGCUGCCAACCCAGUCUGUGGCCAGGCUGCUGUACCCCAGCCCGGCCUGGCCCAGCCCAGCCCUCUGCUGCUUGUACAUAUGCCAUGGGGACCCUGAGGAACUGAGGCCACGUCACCCCCCCGACACCCCAUUCUCCACAUUACAUCUUCCAAACCAGGACAGUCAAGGCUGAAGUUUCCUCUGGGUUUGAGGGCCCAAGGUACAAAUGGGAGAGGCAUAGCAGGAUUUCAGAUGCAGGAGAGAGACCCUGGGAGCCCGACGGAGCCCUGAGCCCCCACAGUUCCUCCCAGGGCCGUACAACCAUGUGACGUUUGGGCACACUGUCCUGCAUCCAGUCUAUGUCCUCCUUUUUCGUCCAGGUCAGGUGUUGACGCUUUGUAAGAAGUGGGGGACGCUGCUGGGCAGGUAGAGUGGGCGGGCAGGAUGGUUGUCCCAGGCUGCCCAUUUUCUCUUGGCUGUGAUUUGGAUGGGGAGGCCAAGGGCAAUGGGAGAGGACUGAAGCCUGUGCUGUCUGUUGCUUGCUGUGAAUGACCCUUCCGGGUCAUGACAGAGCACUGCUGGGGCAGGAGGUGAGGGCCGAGGACCCUGCUCCUCAGUGAUGGCCUGUCCUAGGGCUCGCAUCCUAGGGCUCUCAGGGAGGCAGGAGCAGGGGAGCCAGUCAGGAGGUCUGAGCUGUACCAAACUUGGCAAUCCACCCAGGCCAGCACCCACCCAGAAGCAUUUGAGGUUGCAGGACCAAGCCCCACAUCCUCUCUCUCUCUUCUCUCCACCCGUCAGGCUGUGUGCACAGGCCUGAGGCCGAGCGAGGCGUGUUGGGCCCUCGGGCUGGAUGUUCUGGGGGAGGAGGCGAUCAUUCUAGCUGCUAGGCCAGGCCCAUCUGGAAGGAGUCCUGCUCUGCCCCAGCCCUAACCUGAGGCUGUGCCCAGUCCCUUCUGCACCUCUCGUUUCCUAAACCCUCCCCAUGGGCUGCUGCUGGCUGGCUCGUCCCCAGCCAGGCCUCCUGAGGCCUUUGUAGUUGGCAGCGUCCACAUCUCUCCUAGCUUCACUGGCCACUCACUCAGCCCAGAGUCCCUAAGUGCCCCCAACGCCGCUUAUCUCUGCAUCUCUCCAAUUUGAAAGCCAUCCAGCUGAUGCUAACAGCCAGGGCCAGUCCCUCCAGCUGGUCCCGUGUAAUGAGGCCAGGGCUCCUUAUCAGCUUCCAGGCGGCUGGGAUCUCAGGCAGGGUGUGCGUCAGCCCUCCAACCCCCGGAGGGGCGCCUGCUGGGGAGAGGACCAGGAGGCCACACCUGGGGGAGCGUGCAGCCAGCAUGCGCAGUGGUCAGCUCCAGGCCAGUGGAAAGUUACUGCGAGGAGAUGGGAAAGCUCUGGGAGGAUAGCAGGACCCUCCUUUGGCUUCGCUCUCUGGGGUCCUCUUCUCUCUCUCCAGGGCUGGGAGCUCCAUCUGCCCCGGGAAGGGUGACGAGGUGUACUAACUGUUCCUUCCCAACCCCAUCCCUCCCUGCCCUUCCUACUCGCUUUUAAGAAGCACUGCAGAAGUAUUCGAAGGUUUGUUCCAUCUUGGGGAUUCGAAGAGAAAAGGAGCCAAGAACUGGCAGGUGGUGUGUGUGCGGCAAAAGCACUGGGGGCAUGGGUGGGAUGCCCACUGUGUGCUGGUCUAAACGAACCCAUCGCAGUGACCCCCCAGAGGCAGCACUCCACUCAUGUGGGUCGCAGAGGGAAAAGUCGAGGGGCUCAGAAAGGCUCGGUAAUGUGUCCCAGGUCAUACGGCUAGCUAGUGGCGGGCCUGGGGUUCAGACCCACAGCUGCCUCACGCAAACAGGGUAUGACACUUGCCUCUGUGCCUGGGCGGGGGCCGGAAUGAGACCACAUGGGAGCCCAGAGAGGGAGGUGGUCAGGCCCUGUUGUCCUUGGGGAUUUCUUGUCCUCCGCGCCACCCCGGCCUCCUAUCUCUCCCAAAACCUCUCGCCAGGUUUUGCACACUGAGGUUUCUACCAUCCAGACAUGAGCUGGGAGGCAAGAUUUCUGGUUUCUGGUUCCUAGCCCCACUGCCAGCGGGCUCCUGGUAUUACAUGAGGGUUUCUUGCUGUCUGGGAUUCAGUUUUUCCAUCUGCCACAUGGAAGUUCAUAGCCAGGAUGGGGCUCGAGAGGCACCAGAACACCUCUCCACGGACUUCCUCUCCCGGCUCCCACUCCUCCACCUCCUCUCCUCCCAGCCCCUCGGUUUCCUCUCAUCACUGGCCUCAGUUCCAGAGGAGUCAGCCCCAGCACCUCACUGUCCUGCCACUGUCAGAUGGCCUUGGUCAUGCUUCCUAGAAUCUACUGGUCCAAGUUCUCCUUUCCCUGGGAUAAGUUAUGCAGAAACUGGGGAUUUAGAAACUUAUUCAGGGCUGAGUGCCAAAGGCCCGGGGGAGAAGGAGCAGGCCCUCGGCCAUAAACAGUGAACCGCACACGUCACAGCCAUUUGAGAAAUGGCUUAUUUGCGAGCUGGGGAGGCUGGGCAGAAGAUGCCGAAGGCUCCUACUCCUGGUGCCUGAGCAGAGGGGUCCCAGGUAUCACAGUGUCGGCAGCAGAGUCCAGGCCAAAGUCUACGCGUUCCAUCUCCAGGCAGUGGGGAGCCCGGAAACACCAGGAGAGGUGUCGGAAGGAGGAAGGGUGGGGAACAGGAAUGCAGGAUUACAGGAAACCGCAGCUGAGCAGAUGUCACAGCUGUAGAGGAGGAAGGGAACCUGCGGGCCCCUCACAUUUUUGGCCUGGGUGGGGCUGGGCCUGGGAAGGGGUGGGCUAGGUUUUGUAAAGCUGGAGGCAGCCAGGAAUCUGAUCAUCUGCAAUGUGACGUGAGGGGUCUCCCACUGAAGUCCUCUCCUAGAAGUGGCAGAUGGGGGCUAGGGAGGCACGCGCGAGUCUGGAACUCAUUCCCGGGGAACACCUAUGGCUACUUCUGUAUCACCUGGGGAAGCCCCAGAAUCUUAGUUCUUCCAUUCUCUACUCUUUCUUCCGAAGGAGUCAGGAUAGGACAGACACCUGUUUUCCAAAAGGCUGGUACCUCCCUCCCUGGCCCACCUGAGGCAAAGUCCCAGGUGUCCUAGCUGCUCUCCUGGAUGGGUUGGGAUUUUGAACAAGCACUUUUCUGCCCUCUGGUGGCUGCUUGAGGAAACGCGGAGCCUGGGUGGGAGCAUCACCAAGGGCCCAUGUGACUGGAGGCUGGGGCAGGAUCGGGCCACCAGCUCUUCUCAGACAGCCCUAGACUCAUCUUCUCAUCAGCCACCACUGAGCCCUUUUGCUGAAUGAUGGUUGCAUCUCUCAGACACAGUGUACCUCCACCUGAGCCCUCCUGAGUGCCUGAGGGCAGACACAGCUCCAGGGACCUGGCCCUGCUGCCAUACCCCAGACACUCCUGCUGUCCACUGGCCUCAGCUCCUGCAAGCAACCCCCUGUCUGCGCCUUUUCCCUUCCCUGGCCUUGCCUUCCUGGGGUCUGUGACUGACUGGAGAUAAAAAUAAAAGCAAUUCUGACA